GAGAGAGAGGGGUAAAGACGACCGGCAGCUGAGAAAAUACAUUCCCCUAAACAAGUCAUUGCUCCCGCAGCCAUCGCCCUUUAAUUUCAAACAAAAAUAAAGAAUAGGGGGAGAAAUUGCAGCAAUCUAGGGUUUGACGAGACGAAUCCAAUUCCAAUCAGCGUAUUAUUGCCGUGUUCAAAACGAGACGAAUCCAAUUCCAAUCAGCGUAUUAUUAUCCGUAUUCAUAGUCGAGAAAUUCAAUCUCUCCAUUUUUCUCCGUGUAUAUAUGUAUGUAUGAAUGCAUGUGUAUAUAUGUAUGUAUGAAUGCAUGUGUAUACAAGUAUAUAUAGAUGUACUCCAGCAAUCUCAAGGGCUUUAUUCUGGCCAUGGUCUCUAGCGCCUUCAUUGGCUCCAGCUUUAUCAUCAAGAAGAAAGGUCUCCGGAAGGCCGGCGCCAACGGCCCCCGUGCUAGUUCCGGUGGAUAUGGCUACUUGUUGGAGCCGCUCUGGUGGAUUGGCAUGCUUACUAUGAUUUUUGGGGAGAUUGCCAAUUUCGUUGCAUAUAUUUAUGCACCUGCUGUUUUAGUAACGCCUCUUGGUGCAUUGAGUAUCAUUGUUAGUGCUGUUUUAGCACAUUUCAUGUUAAAGGAGAAACUGCAGAAAAUGGGAAUGUUGGGAUGCCUUUUGUGCAUAGUAGGUUCCACAAUCAUCGUGCUUCAUGCACCUGAGGAGCGUUCUAUUAGCUCAGUUGAAGAGAUUUGGGCAUUAGCUACACAACCGGCCUUUCUCUUGUAUACAGCUUCAGCAGUAGCUACUGCAUUGGUAUUAAGUUUGUAUUGUGCACCCCGUUAUGGUCAAACUAACAUAAUCGUGUAUAUUGGAAUAUGCUCAAUAAUUGGAUCAUUGACGGUAAUGAGUGUAAAAGCCAUUGGUAUUGCAAUAAAACUAACAUUGGAGGGUACAAAUCAGGCCAUAUACUUGCAAACUUGGAUUUUUGCAAUGAUUGCAGUUACAUGUAUCAUCAUUCAAUUAAAUUAUCUAAACAGGGCAUUGGAUACUUUCAACACGGCAAUUGUUUCUCCUAUUUAUUAUGCAUUGUUCACGUCUUUCACAAUUUUAGCGAGUGCAAUAAUGUUUAAGGACUACUCUGGUCAAAGUGCUAGUAGCAUAGCAUCCGAACUUUGUGGUUUCAUAACAGUGUUAUCUGGGACUGCUGUAUUGCAUAGUACUAGAGAUCCAGAUACUCCUCUUAUCUCAGAUCUAUACACCCCAUUGUCUCCGACAGUAUCAUGGUACAUCCAAGGCAAUGGGGAACUGUGGAAGCAGAAAGAUGAAGAUGGGUCAUGCCCUAGCUUCAUCACAAAUGUCCGGCAGGACUAUUUCAAGUAAAUAUAUUACAAUGGGGAACUCACUUUUUGGAUUCUGUCUCUUUUGUAGACAGAGCACCGGGAAUCAGCAUAUUCUGCCGCAGAUCACAGCAUUGGUAAUUUUUGUUCAGGAUCUUUCCCCAACUAUUAAAACUUCAAUCUUUUUAGAAUGAAAAAUCAGAUCACACUUGAUGCUAUUUUGUGCAGUAAUCAGUUAUUUAAUUUUCGAAGAAUUAUUUCUUCAAUAAGUUCAGUUUAGGUUUUCUACAAUCAACCUUUU